GUAUGUUUUUACUUCUCGUAAUUCGUAAUAAAUAACUGACCUAUGAACUAAAAAGCAAUGGCUUUGUGUUUUUUUUGUAGAUAAAACGAAAUAUUAAACAUUUCUGUCGAUUUCCUGUAUCUUCAUAAUAAUGGCAUCAGAAGAUUUUUCGACCUUAAGACCUCCGCCUCCCCCAAAUUUAAGUAAAGAAAAUGUAGGAAUAUGGGUAGGAUGGUGUUGUAAAGGAGAUCGAGAAGUAGCCAGGGAGGCUGCCGCUAAAGGAAUUCCUGUGGACCUGGUGGUUCUAUUUAUUUCACAAAGGAAAAAAAUAAGAUCUGAAGAAGCAGAGAAUUUCUUUAGAGAUGAAGUAUUCAUUUGGGUUAAAGAACUAUUAGAUCGGAAGCAGAUUUUUCGUGCCUCGCACAUAUUGACCAAUAUUGGAGUAGAUUCUCAAGAGGAAUUAUCAAAAGUUUUUUGUUCUACUACCAACACAGAAUUGAGGGAAUAUAUUGGAAAUCACCUGAAAGCCCAGAACACACUAAAAUCAUAUACAUUUGAUGAAAAUUUACAACAGCUCUGGCAUUUUCUUGAUGUGAUAUUAAAAAAUAAUGUUCUGAUCUCUAAAUGGAAAUUGACUGAAAGUAGUAUUGAUUGUUUAAAUAAGCAAGAACAUGAAUGGAAAUCUCAAAUAGCUUCCAGACUAUUUUUAAGGACACAUGACAUAUCUCUAAUAACCUUUAUGACCAGAGAAGCUCUGUGGAAACAACUUCUGGCCUACAACGACAUAAAGUUACUUAAAAUCUGGAUCAAUGUGCAGUACAAUGAGACCCACGACAAUUUUGAUGUCUCUGAAAACUUAGUGAAGGUCUUUAAAAAGUUUUUCAUCACAAACGAAAUGAUUAACCAGCUGAAUUCAAGCGAAACAUCGACAAAUACAUCAAAUUUAAUUUUAAACGAUUUAAGUCAAUUUGGAAUUUUUUGCAAUAAGGACUUGGACAGUUUUGUGAACAUUGUAUACAGAUUGUACCAAUCGAACCACAUACAAAAUACUUUUCAGAUCAUUCGAAAGUAUACAUCUAAUAUUUCUGAGCACCAUUUUUUACAUUUACUUGUGGACCAUUGCAUUAAAAACAAUUUGCACAUUGUUUUGAGCACUUGCGUGGAAAAUUUUGACAUUUUUGAAGACGUGAUAGAUAAAAACCUGCAUCUGGACCUUAUUUUAGAUUUCAGAAAAUUGACUCAACAAUUAACGGAGCAAAACUUAAAAAACAACAUAUUUAAAGUAUCAACGUUUUUGAGCAACAACUUGGAAAAAUAUUUUAACAGAAACCCCCUAAUUCUGUUGUCCCUCAUAUUUUUUACAGAAAACGUUAAUGUAGAAAGUAUAUUCAGCGAGAAAGUUUUUCAAAUUAAUGACAUAAUACUGAAAGAAUCUGUUGAAAAUUUACCGAAAAAAUUGAAGUAUUUAGACGCAGUAGUAAAUAGAAAAAAUCUUAUUUUAAGUAAGAAAAUAACGUUUUAUGAUCUGUUAGAGAAACAUUAUAAAGUGGAUGUUGGAAAAUUGUAUGCAUUUCAAUUUGAAAACAAGUCUUUACCAGAUUUUAACAACAUUGAAUUACGGAAUAAAUUUGGAUAUUUAAAAAAGAUCAAUUAUUUAUUCUAUGUUAAACAGUUCAGACCUAGUAUAGCUUCAAAAUUAUUUCUCAUAAAUCAGUAUGAGAACUUUAAGGGAUUCCCAGAAGGAAACGUGAAGCAGGUACAGAAGAAAAUUUAUAAAACUGUUUUUAGAGAUUUUACUAACAUAGAAAUUGCGUCUAGUUGCAUAGCUUUCCUCGAGAUGAUAGGAGUCGAUUCAAAUUUUUUAAGAGUAGCUGUAAAAUGUGCAAAUAUUUUAUUAGCAAACGGUACAGAUAUGGAUAGUGUAACUAGCAUGUUUAUGAACAUCGAAAAUAGUCCGUAUGCCAUACUGUCGUUACUAGAACCGAUAGUUAUUAAGUCUAUUGACUUUGAUAAGUGUGUUGAAGGAAGUUAUUUCGUCGAAGCCAUGAAAACCUAUGAUAUAGUGAUUAAAUUCACCAUCUACUUCGAUCUUAAGCUACCGGAGAUGUUUUUAAGAUCUUGUGCUACUAACAACAUGUGGUUGCCGUUUUUGAUAUUUGCGCAGCUAAAAAACUAUCCGAUAGAUCAUCUCAAACCGAUACUACAAUCAUUCAAGAAUCCGAAUCUUUUAGAACAUCUCAACCAUAGUGUUAUUCAUGAUAUUCAAGUGGACGAUCAGAAUGUUUUAAUGCGUGAAAGAGAUUCUAGGAAUUCCUUUUUGUCAAGGAUUGGUGUCAGGAAAAGUUUGGAAAAUUUGAGCCACGGAGAAUCUUUUUACAGUCUCAACUCGCAGUCAAGUUACGGAAGCAACAGCAGUUCAGGGGGAUCGGAUUUUCUGGAAAUCGACAUUUCUAAUACGAAAGCAACAUUAUUACAGACUUUGAUUAGAUGUCAUAAUAGUACUGAUCCGCCAAGAGCUUUAUUGCAAGCAUGUCAAUUGUAUAAAAAUCCAUUAUUGGCCAUUUUUGCAACAAGUUAUGAGCCUGAUUCCAUCAUCAAUUGUUGGUUAACAUGGUUGGCAGUAUCUUGCAGUAUCUACGAGAUGUUCACCAAUUUUGAAUCAGUUGCUUUAAAUUCCCACUCGGUAGCAAAUUUGCUUAAUAAUUGUAUGAAGCAUCGAUUUCCGAAGACUUUGCUGCAAAGUUUUGAAAUAUUUAUACCGGGUAACGCUCUUAGAUAUUUUUUAGAAUUUAUAAAUUUGUGCUUGGAUGGGACCAGAGAUACUACAUUUCUCACAUCAAAAUUAGAAACUUUUAAAUCGUGCGUAGGCCAGACAAGAAGAUUCAGUAUAAUCACCGAUAACGAUCAUGAGAUGACAUAUUUAACCAAUAAAAUCUGGCUAGAAAGUACAGCACUUGAUCUACUAUCCACUGCACUACAGUACAACUUAAAUUCAUUUUAUGAACAAAUUCUUCUCAUCGAACUCUUAUCACAAAUGAAUUUAAAGGAGUUUAUUCGUUGUCCAGAUCUAAGUAAUCUACUUGAGAUUCUUAAAAUCAUACAUAGUUCUAAUAGCGAUAUAAGAUUCGACAUUGAAGCAUUUUUACACGAAAAAGAUGAACUUAAGGCUGUAGACGAAUGCUUAAAAGCUCUUAUAAACAAUCAUUUAUUUGAAGCUGCUUUAAACAUAGCUAAAAUCCAAGAUUUGCCUGUUGAUAUUGUGUUGGUUAGGCAGUGGGAAUAUAAAUUUGAAAGUCGUGACUGCAACGAAGUAGAAUUUUGGUUCCAAUGUAAUAAAGAAUUCGAAUUACAUAAUGUAUCAGCAGAUUGCGUUGUUGAAUACUUUUUAAAGUAUAUAGAGAAAGUUGAAACCAACAUAGAAAAGUACCAUCUUUUAAAACAAGCUCACCAAUGGUCGAAAAAAUAUGACUUGCCAUCAAAACAUUCUCUUGAAAGGGACAAAUGGUUAAUGUAUUUGAAUUUGGAGGAAAAAUGGCGUGGGUUCGAUUGUACCCUUGAUGAAGAAUCUGCCCCAAAUAUUUUAUACAAGGAAAUGGUGGAUUUAUUAUCGCAUAUUCCUCAAUAUGAUGGAGACAUUUCACCUGAUGCCUUAAAUCUCUUAAGAAACGUCAUAAACGAUGUUCUGGACAGUAGUAAUUUGUGGUUAGCUCUUAAACUGGAGAAGAUAUUCGGUUGUGACAAUCCAAAUUUAGACACUUUAAAGCUUUGUAAUAGUUUAGCAGAAGGUAUCAUGGCACCGCACCAGCUUAACACCGAUCAGAGGUUGUUGAUUACAAAGGGGACUCAUUAUAGAAAAUUUAGUCAGAGAAGGACGUUCCUAUCUGCAAGACUGUCUGGACUAAGCUCAGCGUCUCACUCACCAGUCAACUCAUCGAUGAUUCAACCCAACGACGUUCUCGAUGCUCCAGUUCAAGAUACCUUGGCUGUGUUAUGUACUCUUGCAGAAAAGGUGACCAACGGUGUAGAUAUGGCCCAAACUAUUUUUAUGACAUAUCGAAUUAGCAUUAACAUAGAAAUUCCCUACAACUUAAUAGUGUCCAACGUGGAUUCCAUGAAAAUCCUUAGAGACGCUUUGGAAGAUGAUUGUCUUAAUAAAUUGGAAGUGAUACAUGAUUUCUUCUGCGUUUACAAAUGGACUAAAGAACAGAUUGCAGAUUUUAUUUGUGAGGAAAUCAUCAUAUCGGCUACGAAAUAUGUGACAUCAUACUCUGAUCAAUAUAUUAUGUGGGAUUUGAAAAUGGACCAAGAUUUUCAUUUAGUUUUACAACUACUACAGGACAACUGUUCAAUAUUGGGCCAUAAAAUUUACGCUUACGCCAGCGCCACACAUAAGAGUCAGGUUCUUGCUGAUCUAGACUUUAAAAUAAGCAAGUUAGCACUCGUCGUCGAGCUUCUCAUCAGUGCCCAUGCCUGUUUUACUGCUGACUGCAACAUGGAAGGAAUAACUAUUAUUUUGAAAAAAUGCCAGUCAGUAAUUUCGCAUCUUCUAACACUCAGAAGCUGGAAACUUAUCGUCAGACUGUUAACAGGAAUAGGACGAUAUACCGAAAUGAAUUAUGUAUUUCAAAUCCUGCGUGAACACGAUCAGUUCGAGUUUUUGUUAAGAAAAGGUUCGCGAAGAGACAACAAUUUGAAAACAGCUCUAUUAGAAUAUUUAAAAAAGUACUGUCCUGACAAUAAGGAAUUAUAUAAAAUCGUGGCUCUUCACUUUACGCUGUUUUCGGAAGUGGCUUUGUUGUGGGAGAGGGAAGCUCAUAGUAUUAUUAAGAAUUUAAUAGCAGUAGCUAAAUUGGAAAUGCAGAAUAAUAGAUUUAAUCCUGAUGCCGAACCGUUUAUAUUAUUAUCAAAUACGGAUGGGACAAAGAUAUGCCUCAAUAAGGCCAUAGAAAAUUAUACUCAUGCUACAGAAUUUCACCUUCAAGGAGAGAAACUGGCAAAAGCAAUGAAUUCGGCAAAACAGGCAGAACUGAUAGCGCUUCAAAUAUCUAUGCUAAAAGGACUUCAGAAUAAUGCAACUGCUUUAUGUCUGCUAAAUUUGACUCAUCACCAGAUAGGACCGCUAAUUACAAAUCAUCUUAGCUUUGACCAAACGUUGAUUCUCGUGCAAGCUUACAACUACGAACCAGAUUGGAGCUCCGUUUUAUUUGCCCAAUGCGUUUUAAAGACCGACAACAACUACCUACAGUCAUUUAUGCAACAUCUCUCUCUGACCGAGUCCUUAGUAAAUGACAUUUCGAGGAAGUUUCUGUCGGCAAACUCCAACAGUCGUCAGGAAAUCAACAAUAUGAAAACGAUUUUAAAUAAGCUUCCAUCAGUGCACACCAAGUAUAGAAUCGCAAGUGAGCUGAGUUUUGCUGAUAUUGUAGAGGACUUGAUAAUGAGUGGGCAGCUGGCUUAUCUAAAGGAUACGGUAUGGAAAAGAGGUUACAACAAUUAAUACUAAUUUUUAUUGUUAGAAGUCCUAAUCUUCUAAAGAUCUUAAUUCUUUCUAAGUACCGCAGUGAAAAAUUAUUUUAGAGAUGUAACUAAUAAUAGUGUAUCAUUGUGUUCAAUAUUUUAUUGGUCGAUUUGACAUUUGACAAAAAUAUUGAUAUCUUUUAAUAUUUUUACGCAGUUACUAAAAUGCAGACUUAAAAAAUAUUAAUUUUUAUGUUUAUAACUUUUUGCACCGUUAUUGUCGUUAUAAGUUAUGUUCGAAUAACUCGAAUACUAAAUACCUGGAUAUUUACGCUCCCAAAGUCUUUACAUUUCUGACGUUGUCAUCCCAUGUAUUCCGCCAGCUUUGAUUGUCAUCUCGUCAUUUUACUUUUGCAUUUUCUCUUUUCCUUUUACCUGUCCUCGAUAUCCAAAUAGUCGUCUCGUUGCUCUAUUCUCGGGCUUUCGUUUACUUAAAUUUCCUACCCAUCUAUAUUUAAUGAAGUUUAGGUAGAUUUAGAAAUUUUUCAAAUAUUAUUUACAAAGAAUGAAUAUUAAGUGCGUUCGCGGGAGCCUGUCGGCGACUAGUCGGCGACAAAUUAGCAGCAAAACGCAUGCGCACUUUAAAAUGAUAUAAAUAAUAUCGUUAAUAGAUAAAUAUACAAGGUAUAUUUACCUAGUAUAAUUUAAUAAUUAGUUAUUAAUAUUAAUUAAAAGUAAAUAUUUCUUGUAUAUUUAUCUAUUAACGGUAUUAUUUAUAUUAAGUGAGGUUAGAAAUUGUCGGCGACAAUUUGUCAACUGUACCCGCGAACGCACCUAUGAUAUCACAAAUGACAAUAUUUUUAUCGAUAUCUAGAAAAUACAGAAGAAAAAAACGGGUUAUAGACUAAGAGCCGCUAUAGGUGAAAUUUGCUGAUUUUAGGCACGAUAAGACCCUAUAACUUAAAUAGUAGAACCUAAUAGAAAUCGUAUGAACACUGUGCCGUCACUUUUUAGUAGCACAUGCGUCGACAGUGGCGCAUCAAACUUUCCCCUUAUGGACGGUAUAAAUAAAUUAAAAGGUACCCUCCCUCACUCCCAGAAUUCAACUUCUUUCAUUUUUUUUAAGUUCUAUGUGAUUAAAUAAUAAGACUCAGCGUAAUUUUAACCCACCACCUCCUUCCCCUUUCCUCCACCAUCAAAAUCUAUAUUUUUCGUUUUUAUUUUUUUAGGUGGGAUCCAAUCAAUUUUAAAAUUUCAAAAAAAAAUUCACAGGCAUAGUUGAGGCUUUUACAAAAUAGGUCUAUUUUUUAUAGAGCCGUAGGUUGAGUGUACUGUACAUAACCUCAAAACAAAUUUUUAAUUUUUUUUUUUUUGGAAAAAAGCCUAUAACUUUUAUUUUGGAGCUGGCUGGAGGUCUAAUUUUUUUUUAUUUUGUGUAUUUUAUGAAACACUGUGCUCUUAUUUUUUUUAGAUUUUCCCGUAAGGUUCGCCACCUUCAAAAAUCCAAAAAACUGUUUUUGGGGGGUUUUGGGGAUUUUCCCUAGUUUAUCGACUUCAAAAUAGAUAUUACAUCAAUGUUUUUUAUAGGUUAUAUGUAAAUUGAAGCGAGUCUUUUGGAAAAUUUAAAAAUGGGAGAAACACGUUCAAACCCCCCACCACAACCCCACAAAAAACAGUUUUAAGUGGCGAACCUUACGGAAAAAUCUGAAAAAAAUUAAAAACAUAGUGUUUGGUAAAAUACACAAAGUAGACAAAAAAUAAGACCUCCAGACACCUCAAAGAAAAGUUAUACUCUUUUUUCCAAAAAAAUAAUUAAAAAUUUUUUUGAGGUUAUGUACACUCAAUAUACGGAUCUAUAAAAAAAAUAGACACGUUUUGUAAAAGACUCAACUAUGCCUAUGCAUUUUUUGAAAUUUUAAAAUUGAUUGCAUCCAGUGGCGGCGCCUGAUGUAAAUUAUUGGGGGUGCACACAUAAUUAAGAUAUAAAAAUAGAUAACACCGUGGGCCUCCGCUUGAGCCCUAUUUCCCUAGGUAAAAAUUUUUUAGUGUCGUCAAAUUGUAAAAACCAAAGAUCUUACAAUAGUUAAUUAAAUAAUUAAAAAAUUACAAUAUCUAAAUAACCUAUUUUAUUGACUUUAAAUCAUAAUUUAGUGUUUACGUUACAAGCAAGUUUUGUGAUGAAAGUCAAGUCACCUGUUUUUUUAGAUAAAGUCUUCAAUAACCAGUUCAUUUAAAUUUGGAAUUACUUGAAUCAUUAUUUUUUUUUAAUUGACAACAUUGCCAGUGCAGUUAGUAGAUCCCGGCCCAUAGUAUUCUAAGGGAAGUUUUGAUACGUUUCAAUGUAGAAAAACAUCGUUCUGCUUCUGCAGUUGACACUGGCAUCGUAACAUGUACUUGAAGAAUUAAAAUUAUUUCAGAAACAUCUUCUUGCAAAUUAUUUUCAGUUAAAAAUCGGAUCUUCUAUUUUGUCCAUUCCGAUUCAUUAUCUUCAAAUAGGUAGGAAUCACGGAAAGCGGAAAGAAUAUUGUUAGUAGCACACCUACACAAUCAGUCAGUUUUUUCACAAAUCUCCAUUUUAAAUGACCGUUUAUAAUUCCGACCUUUUUAUUUUAGUACAUUCGUAAUUAACAAAUUUGGUUUAGACAAUUUUAAUUUUUCUUUUAAAAAUAAUGAAGAAAAUUUAAUUGAUUUUAAAAAUUCCACGCUAACAUUCACAAAUUCCUCCAUUCUUAAUAUUAUUGUGAACUUUAAAAGUAUCGCAGCAAAAUUUAAAGUUCCCUAUUAUUAGAGAUUAAUAUUAGUAUUAGUUUUAGGAUAAGAUACGAAAAAAUGACUAAUAAAAUAAAAAAUAGUAAAAUUGGCGAAUGGAUUUAGUGUCCGCAGUCAUAUAAACCCAAAUAAACAACAACAAAGUUCCCUACAGGAGAAAUCGCAAUAGGAUCACAACAAAUUUGUGCACAUGAGUCUAACCUAACUUGUGGGCUGCCGCGGGGCAGUGGGACCGAGCGAGACGUGUGGUGGGUGGGAUUUGGGCCCAUUAGAAUCUAUUGCUGUAAGAGCUGUGAACGAGGGGUUGUGCCUAAUAUCUCGUGCCCGUGAGGUUAUCUUAUGUCGAAAUAGAAUAGAAAUAAUUAAAUAACUGCUCGAAUCUGUGAUUUCUGAUUUCUAUUACUGUAUAGCUAGAUAAAAAUAUCAUUUAGGGUAGAGAAUGAUAAAUAAUUUUUGAUAUAAAUGUUUGCAUGAAAAUAAUUAUGGGGGUGCACGUGCACAUGUGCACUUAUGAAGCAACCGCCACUGAUUGCAUCCCAUCUAAAAAAAAAUAAAACGAAAAAUGAAGUUUUUGAUGGUGGGGUAAAGGGGAAGGGUGUGGUGAGUUAAAAUUACGCUUAUUAUUUAAUCACAUAGAACUUAAAAAAAUGAAAAAAAUUGAAUUCAGGGAGUGAGGGAGGGUACCUUUUAAUUUAUCUAUCCCGUCCAUAAGUGGAAAGUUUGAUGUGCCACUGUCGACGCAUGUGCUACUAAAAUGUGACGGCACAGUGUUCAUACGUUUUCUUUUAGGUUCUACUAUUUAAGUUAAAGAGUCUUAUCGUGACUAAAAUGAUUGAAAUGAAAUUUCACCUAUACCGGCUCCUAGUCUAUUAUUACCUAGUUAUUACUUUCCACACUCUUCUCACUGGUAUGAUAUCUUUUAUCCGGUGUAAAUGGACACCAACUCAGCUGUCUCUGUUCUAUAAACUCCAACGCGGAUUGUAUUUUCAGUUCGUUCCUCAUAUCUGCGUUCCUUGUUCUAUCCAUUUUGGUAGCACCUUUAACUCUUCUUAAAAACUUAAUCUCUAUAGGUGGGUAUCUUGCUCUUUUGACGUUCCGUUAGUAUCUAUGAUUCGCUGCCAAAAAUCAGAACAGACAAUAAACCGCUUUGAAAACUUUCAUUUUUGUAUUCCGUGUUAUUUUUUUUCUGUAUAUAAAUUUCUUGUUCGUUGUAUGAUAGUCAUGGGCGCCCAUACCCAUGGGCAGGGGACUGCCGUGCCCCCCCCUAGCUUUUCGGGUGCUAUUAACUAUAUAUGGUUAUCCAAAGUAUACAAAAUAUAAUGUGCAACAUCUUCACGUCUGGCCUCCCCCUGAAAAUUUUUAUAUGGGCGCCCGUGGAUACAGUUGUAGCGCUUUCUCUAUUCUGCUGCUGAUUUCUUCUUCAAGAGAUCCUGUUUCUACUAUUACUCCUAAGUAUGUAAAAGUUUAAACUUGCUCUAUUUUUGUUCCUUUAACUUCUAUAUUAAGUUCUUCUCUUGAUUCUCCUACCUGAAUAACUUUUGUUUUGUUAAUAUUUAACUUUAUUCCGUUUUAGGUGAGUCAGUACUUCUUUCCAUAUUUUCAAAUUAUUCUUCAAAGUCCUUUUCAGUUUUGCCAUUAACAACAAAUCUUCAGCAAAUACUCCUUUCGAUAUUUCUACUCUCUGCAAAUUUAUGUAUCCUACAUUCAGCUUUUUACUCCUUGUUGUACAUUUUUUUUAUAAUUUCGUUCAUAAAUAUUAGGAAUAUUGUUGGGGUAAGUACUCCUCCCUGUCCUAAACCUCCAUUUGUUGUAAACGAUGAAGAUGAUCAAAAAUGCACGAAAUAUUUGAUUCAUAAACUACUUUAUGAAAUACAGAUAAUCUCAAAUUUCCUGCAAUUGUAACGAGCUUUAAGAUUUUUUAACGGAAGAUAGGACUUCUUAAUUUAGAAAAACCAAAGUGAGAUAUAUUUUAUUAUAAUAAACGUAUAUUUUAAUCAAUUUUACCAUAAGUUUUCCAUUAUGUUAAGUAUAUUUUAUGAUUUUUGCGUUAAUAUUUAUCGAAAGUUUACAGCGUGUUACGAAAUGUAUAUUGUAUUUUUGAUAAUGUCAUAGUUUAUUAAAAUUGUAAGAUGUACUGAAUGCGAAUAAUGAAUCAUGGCACGUUAUAUUUUUCUAAAUAAAAAUAGACGGUUUCAUUUUGACUAAAUUAGAGUCUCUUGCCAUCCCUCGAUACGUGUUUCUAGGUUUACCCGUUGUUAAAGAGGCUUUGCAAGAAACAUGAAUUUAAUCAAAACGCACCGACUGGUCGGUAAAUAUAUUUAAAUAUUAUACCGGAGUAUGAUUUGAGCGACCUCUAACCAGGAAAGAUGAAGUGAGUAUCGAUAACGAUUCAAGUAAACUGUUUACCUGGGUAUAAACAUACCAUCGGGCGAUGCCAGGAAAAUAUUCUACCAACGCAUCGGUAAUUUACCCGUCUGAACCACUAUCAUUGUGUACUCUCUACCGAGUAUCAUCAUCAUCAUCAUUCAAACCGGAUCUAUCCACAGCUGGAUAUAGGUCUCCCUCAGUCUUUUCCAUGCAUUUCUGUUUUGUGCUGUUUGCAUCCAGUUUUUGUCGAUCCGUUUUAUAUCAUCAGACCAUUUGGUGGGCGGACGACCUCUACUUCGAUAUGCUUCUUGUCUUGGUCUCCAGUGUAUCAUUCGCUGUGUCCAUCUGUUAUCCGACAUUCUAGCUAUGUGUCCAGCCCAGUUCCUCUUUAGGGUCAUAAAUUCUUUCUAUGGCAUCCGUCACUCCUGUUCUCCGUCUUAUCUCCCUGUUCGUAAUUCGAUGACUCUUUGGGUAACACAAAUUUUAUUUCUUACUUUCUUGGUUAUUGUUAAAGUUUCUGCACCAUAGGUAAGUACUGGCAACACACACUGAUCAAAGUUUUUUCUUUUGAGACACAUGGCAGUUCUGACUUAAGGACAUAGCUCAGCUUGCCGAAUGUCUCCCAAAUGAGUCCUUUGCGGCGGCUUAGUUGGCACGUUGAUUAUCUCUUGCUAUGCGUAUCUCAUGUCCUAAGUACUUAUAAGAGGUGGUUUCUUCAAUAGGCAUGCCAUUUACUGAAAUCUUUUCGCUUAACACAAGAUUUGUCAUGAUUUGUGUUUUUGUAUGGUUGAUUUUUAAUCCAACUUGUAAGGAGGCUAGGUAUAGAUUCUCCAGUUGCGAUAUUGCAUCAUCGAUGCUGUCGGCAAAAAGAACAAUAUCGUCAGCGAAUCUUAAAUGACUAAGUAUUUCUCCGUUGAUUUUAAUUCCUUUUUCACUCAGAUUUGCGUUCUUAAACAUAUGCUCUAAUAAUGUUGUAAACAAUUUUGGCGAAAUUGUGUCUCCCUGUCGCACUCCCCGUUUUAUUUUAAAUGCGUUGGCCUUUUUAUCUGCCAGUUUCACGCUUGCUGUCGCAUUUUGAUAGAUGUAUUUAAUCAUGUUUAUAUAGCGAUGAUCUAUUCGCGGUGUGCAAGUACUUGGAAAGGGAAACGAGAAACGACCGUGCGCGAGUCGCGGAGAAAUAUUGCAUCUAUCUUAAAUAAUUCAUAUUGUCAAUUGAAAUUGUCAAAUUGACGUAUAUUUCAUACCUUCUGUCAUUGACGCAGAAAAAUUAUAUAUUGCUCCACAAUAUUGAUAUGAUAUGCAAUUAUUAUAUAAAGGUAAAUUUAAUUAAUUGUAUUUUGCUUGCAGUACUGCAUUUUAAUAACUGAUUUUAUUUACUACUUACAAUUGUUUACGUUUGCUAAACAUAACCUGCAUCUUAUUUUUUCUUCUUAUUAUUUUUUUUGGACUAUGGUCUUGACAAUUAUCCAGCAACCAGGACUAAUAUAAUUGGCCAAUAUAAUUAAAAGUGCGAAUAAAAGUACAGAGCGUAGAAAUAGAGGUCGCUUUGCCGAACUUGCACGGUCCCAAUACGACACUCUGUUAAGGCUUUUAGCAUUUUUUGAUGACUUAUGGUGUCAAAAGCUUUUUCGUAGUCAACAAAUAUCAGGACUAGUGGCUUGUUAUAUUCGACACUCUUUUCUAUUAAAGUUGGAUUUAUAGUUUGACGUAGCGUAGACGUAGACGCAACGGAGACGUAAGAAACGGACUGGAGACGUAAGAAAAUAAAAUGUCAAUUUAUAAUUCGACGUAGCGGAAUUUUUGCGCAUGAGUAGAAACAAUGACUUAAUUCAACAACAUAGAACAUAGCCUAUCAAUUAUACGAACCGUAAACAAUAAACUUUGUGUUUAUUUAUUUAUACUAUUAUUUAUUAUAAUAUUUAUCCGUUUUGUGUGUUACAAUGGAUUAGGAAAUAAACGAAGGUAUGCUCCUUGGUGCCGUGGAAUUUCCAACUAUGUUGUUUCAUUUCCUGGUCUUUAAAAUGUUCAUUGGAUUUAAUUAUCGUAUGUGUAUGGAUAACCCCGAAUUAACAGGCUAAUAUACAACUUAUUUUUAUCUAAAAUAUUGAAACUACACUAUAAUAUAUUUUUAUUAAAUUAAUAACUUAACAUCCAUUGUAUUAAAAAAUAAUAAUUUAAUUAACAAAAUUCGAAUAUGUUAACAAACAACUUUUUACAAAAGGGAUGAGGAGGCGGGUUCACUUUGAGUGACAGAACUAAAUUCUUCCUUAUGAUUGGCCAGACGUAAGAAACGCACUGUAAAAGAUGAAAGUUGGUGAACUCUUCCCUCCCGUUACGUUUCUCUUACGUUCCGUCAGGCGCUUGCGUUCAUUUAUAAACACGAGUACACAAAAUUCGGUGUUGAUCUUUUCCAGUGCGUCUCCGUUGCGUCUACGUCUACGCUACGUCAAACUAUAAAUCUAACUUAAGUUCUUAAUUACUUGUAAAUGAUCAUUCGUGCCAUGUCCUGCUCUAAAACCUGCUUGCUCUUUUGGCUGAUAGAAAUCCAACUUUCUUCCUACUCUGUUGGUAAUAACUCUUGUGAAUAGCUUAUAUACUUGUGACAGCAAGCUAAUGGGUCGGUAGUUUCUAAGGUCGCUGAUAUCUCCCUUCUUAUGGGGUAAGACGACUUCUGCGUUGUUCCACUGCGUCGGUGUUAUCGCUUCGCAGUUAUACUACCGAGUAUAGUGUGAAACAAACAACAUUUUUCUCUUUGAUCAUUUGACACUUCAACCUGGAAAAAAUGUUGGUAUUUACAGCACGACCAAAUUUACUUUGUAUUUGAGAUGCGCAAAAAGAGAACGGAUACCGUGGAACUCAUAAGCGAGACAGGAAACGAAUGUACACAUGUACACUCCACCAAAAACCGAACGUCAACACCAGUGCACAUCUAAGGGCCGGUAUUUCAAUAGCUACUUAAGCUUUUGCUUAGCUAAGCCUGUGUCAAAAGUUAAGGAGAAGCUUAAGCCGGGUGCCGUAUUUCUAUCAUUUCCUUAACUAAACUGAUGCUCAACUGUAAAGUUAAUUGGUUUGGAACCUCUGAAUACGUCAAAAUACCAAAACUAACUGUUCUGAGGUAAAAACCACUACUGUUGACGUUUAAUUGUAUCUUGUCAUCGGUAUCAAUGUCAUUUACUUCACUUAAUUUUGUGUACAUGGUGCAUGUGUUGUUAGUUUAUUUUAUUGCCGAUAUUUUCUCUGGUUAUAUUGUUAUUGUUAUUUUGCAUAAGCAAUAGAUCCGUCUUUGUAAUUUUGUUUAUUGGAUAUAUUCCUUAAAAUGUCAAAUUCGAAUGUAAGUUUAUUUUUGUAAAAUAAAUAUACCUACCAAGCAUUGGGUCUAUUGAACAAAAAGAAGUAUUUGCUUUUACUUCCUCGUAUUUAAGUAUUUACUUAAUAGUUAUUAAAUAAAGCAAUAAAGAAAUGACUUUAUUCAAUUAAUAUUAAGUAAAUACUUAAAUAUUUGUAAGUAAAAGCAAAUACUUCUUUUUAUUCAAUAGACCCAUUGUAGAAAUAAAUAAUUUUCAUGUGCCUACACCUUCCAAAAGUAGUAAGAAUUUUAAUAAUCGUUAUUACGAUUAAUAAAUUAAUAGAUUAAUAGAUUAUUUAAUAAUCUAAUAAUAACGUUAUUACUCAAAAGUUGGUUUUCAAAAUAACUCUCUAAUUAAUAAUCUAUAGAAAUAACCUCAAAAAACAGAAAACAAAUUUUAAGCAAAGGCUUAAACCAACUCCUACGCGAGCUUAAAAUUAUUUGGUUUAAGCCUAGGCUUAAGCCUCAAAUUGAAGUGGAAAUACAGGCAUCUAAGCUUAAUCAAAGGCUUAAAGUAAGCUUUGGCUUAAGUGAGGUUGGAAAUACUGGCCCUAAAUGUCAAAUGCAAAGUGAAUUGGGUCGUGCUGUAAAUGUAUUAAAUAGUUUACUAUAUUAUUUGCCACGUUGUCAUUUACAUUUUUAUGCGAAAAUAGUAUAGGUAUUAUACCAACAAGUUAGUAAUAGCCCUCACUGACGAGCAGAAUAUGUAAUAUGUUUUUUCUGUAAUCUUUAAAUAAAGCGACAAAAUUCCCAAGUUCGUAGACUGGGAACAAAUCUUCUUGUCGUUCCUUGUAUCGGAGGUUGGCUAUCAUCACAGCUAUCCGUACCUUAUUGGCGGCUGCUCUGAAAAGAUCUACUGAGCUGCAACUAUACCACUCUCUUAGGUUCCUCAGCCAGGAAAUUCUUCGUCUUCCUAUGGAUAUUUUACCCUUAAUUUUACUCUGCAUUAUGAGCCUCAAUAUCUCAUAUUUCGCCCCUCUGCUAAUGUGGCCCAAAUAUUCCAGCUUUCUUCUUUUGAUGUUCUUUAUCACCUCGCAAUCCUUUUGUAGCCUUCUCAACACUUCUACAUUUGUAACUCUUUGGAUCCAUGGUAUUUUUAAAAUCCUUCUAUAGCACCACAUCUCAAAUGCUUCCAACUUCUUUAUAUUAUCCACUUUUAGUGUCCAGCUUUCCAUUCUAUGCGACAAAGUCGAGAACACCUAGCAUCUUAAGGCCGGGACACACAUCGGCACCGAGCAGAGACAGCAUGGCCAGCCUUGCUGGCUCGGUGCGGAUAUGUGUGUCCUGGCCUUUAUCCUCAGGCCCAGAAGAAGGUCUCGAUUAACAAACAUUUUUUUUUUCAUUUUUAUAAAUGCUUGUCUUGCAAUUUCAAUGCGUGUCCUGAUUUCUCUACCUUCCAUUCGUUUCGUUUGUUCGUUUGUAGUCCAUAUUUUAUACUGACUUGAUGUAAUCUAUUUACUAAUCGUUGCAGUGCCUCUACGCUGUCUACAAAAAUAGCGGUGUUGUCUGUGAAUCUUGUGUUGUUCAAGAUUUUUCCGUUUAUUUUGGCAACGCGUGUUAAGCGCCUGUCAUGUGAACUUGCCGUAAUAAGGCCAAAUAUAACAACUGUAUACGACACAACAUGACUAUAAAAUAAAGUUGAGUUCAUGAAUCUUUAUUCGUGUGUCAUUUAAAGCAUACGAAAUAAGUCGAUGAUAAGUCGGAAAUUGAAAUUUACUAAACGCAACACCAAGUCACUUACUGUCACUUGCUGUUCUUCUUCUUCUACGGCACUACAGCCCAAAUUGAGCCUUGGCCUCCUUUAUUUUUUGCCUCCAACCUUGCCUGUCUGUGGCUGCUCUUCUCCAUACACGAACUCCUAAAAGGGCUUGUGCGUCGCUGUUUACUGUGUCUUCCCAGCGCUUUCGUGGCUUCCCAACCGGUCUCUUUCCUUGCAUUCUAGCAUUCAGUGCUCGUUUUGGUAGCCUAUCCUCUCCCAUUCUUAUCACAUGUCCGGCCCAUUGCAAUCUUUGUAAUCUAAUGAAGUCUGACAGGGGCGUUUCCUUAUAAAGUUGAUAAAGCUCGUUGUUGUAUCGACUUCUGAAGAUUCCAUUUUCCCUCACAGGUCCUAGUAUUCUCCUAAGUACUGUCCUUUCGAAUGUGUCGAGUUUGUUUUUGGAUGUUUCUUUCAGCACCCAGACUUCACUGCCAUAGCAUGUUAUUGGUCGAAUUAAGGUUUUAUAGAUUCUCAUCUUUGUAUUUCGGUGGACACUUUUUGACCGAAAUAUAUGGGAGAGGGCAAAAUAAGCUCUGUUUGCCUGCGUUAUUCUCUUCCUUAUUUCUCCAUCUUCUGAUCCGUCGGCAUAUAUUUCUACUCCCAGGUAUGUAAACUUUUCAACCGUUUCAAUGUCAUCUUCAUGUAUAAUGUUUUCUGGGACUAUAUUUCUUCUCGUCUGAGUCAUUAUUUUUGUUUUUUCUGUGUUAAUUUCCAGACCUAGCAUUUUUGUUUGUGUUUUUAACUCUGCAUAUGUUUCCUGUGCUCCUGUUGAUGUUCUACUCAUAAUAUUAAUAUCAUCAGCAUAAGCGGCCAGUUGAACCGUUCGUUUGGUCAGUAGAUUUCCUCGUCCAGUUUGCAUUUGCCUAACCGCAUACUCCAGUGCCAGGUUAAACAAUGUUAGGGCCAGCCCAUCUCCCUGUUUUAGUCCCUGCGAAAUGUUAAAAAAGUCUGUCGGGUGGUUUUGUAUUCGUACACAUGCCUGAGUUUCAUCCAUUGUGGCUUUAAUGAGUCUUAUUAACUUGUGUGGUAUUGCCAAUUCAGCCAAUAUAUAGUAUAGUUUGUUCCUUUUGACUGAGUCGUAUGCCUGUUUGAAGUCUACAAACACGUUGUGAACAUCAAUAUCGUGUUCCCAUGCUUUGCUCAAGAUCUGUUUUACUGUGAAUAUUUGAUCCAGUGUCGAUCUUCCCCGUCGGAAGCCCGUCUGAUACUCUCCAAUAAUAUUUUCUGCUAGUGGUUGGAGCCGCUGGUUUAUAAUAUACGUGAGGACUUUAUAUGCUGUACAUAGUAGAGAGAUUCCACGGUAUGUUUUGCACUGGAGUUUGUCUCCUUUUUUAUAGAUCGGGCAUACUAUACUUUUCUUCCAGUCGUCUGGGAUUUUCUCUUCUUGCCAUACGUCUCUGAUGAGCGCGUGGAUGUGACUUGCUAGGUGGUCGCCACCUACCUUAUAUAGUUCUGCUGGUAUUUCAUCAACUCCCGGAGCUUUAUUGUUUUUCUGGGCCUUAAUGGCUUCGAAAACUUCCUCUAUGGUUGGAGCUUCUACUCCAUUCUCUUCUACGUAGAUCAUGCCCAUUUCAUCUUCCAUGUCUACUUGAGUUCCAAGUAGUGUCUGAAAAUAAUGCUUCCAGGUUUCUGUGACUUUCUGUUGGUCACUGAUUAUUUGUCCACUUUCAUCUUUACAUAGACUUGUUUGAGGUUUAUACCCACUUUUUAUCUUUUUUAGGUAUUCGUAAGCCCCUCUAAUUUCGUUGUUUUUGAAAUGUUCUUCCAUUUUUUCUAUUUGUCCAUUUUCAUAGGCUCUCUUUUUAUUUCUACAUGUCUUGUCUGCUUUCCGUCUUGCGACUUCAAAUAAUGUUCGUCUUUCCCGUGUUCUUCUUGUUAUGUACAUUUUGUGUGCUUCAUUUCUUUCCUCGAUUGCUUGUCUGCACUCGUCAUCAAACCAUGCUGCUCUUCUCUCCUUUUUCUUGUUUCCCAGGGUGGACGCUGCUGCUGUCAGUACUGCUGUUUUGAUAUUAGUCCAUUUGCCCUCUAUGGAGUGCAGUUCUAGCGUCCUUAACUCAUUUGCGACUUCUUGUUCAAACUUCUCUUUUACAUUCCUGAAUCUUCAGUUUUUCCAGGUCCAGUUUGUUUGUUCUUUGUUGUCUUUCGUUUCUUUUGCUGUUAACUCUGCAUCUAAAUUUGGUUUGUACUAAAAGAUGGUCUGAUCCACAGCAUGCUCCUCGUCGUGUUCUCACAUCGGAGAUACUACUGGCUGCCCUUUUGUCUAUCAGCACAUGGUCAAUUUGAUUGGUUGUGGUUCCAUCUGGUGAAAUCCAUGUCAUUUUGUGUAUGCCUUUAUGUGGGAAGCAUGUGGAACUGAUAACCAUGUUUUUACUGGUGGCAAAAUUUAUCAAAAACUCCCCAUUCUCGCUUGUUUCAUUGUGCAGAGAGUGUUUUCCUAUUGUGCCAUAGAACUGCGGUUCCUUGCCUAUUUUAGCAUUCAUAUCACCCAUUAUAAUCUUGAUGUCAUUUUUUGGCGCAUUAUCAUAUACUAUCUCCAGCUGUUGGUAAAAGCUUUCCUUUGUAUGUUGCUCUUGAUCUUCUGUUGGACAGUGAAUGUUUAUCAUUGUUAGGUUGAAGAAGUGGGUGCGAAUUCUCAACUUACAUAUCCUUUCACUGACUGCCUGGAAGUCGAUGAUUUUUGACUUAAAAUCAUUAUCCACCACAAAUGCGACUCCACAUUCUUUGCUUCCUUGUUCCUUCCCACUAUAUAGAAUUGUGUGCGUUUUAGUGUCCCUGACACCUUUCCCCAGCCAUCUUGUCUCCUGAAGAGCAGUAAUCAUGAUCUUAUAUCUUUUUAGUUCUUGCAAAAGUGCGGUUUGAGCUCCUGGUCUAUUUAGCGUCCUCACAUUCCAGUUUCCAAAUGCAUAGUCCAUGUUUCGUAGCUUGAGUCGUUUCCGAAAGUUCCGUCCUGUAUUCCGAGGCAAAUGUUCAGGUUUCGUAACAGUGUGUUUUUUUUCCGGGAGUGGGUUGUCAGCCCACUGCCCAACCUUCCUCCUUUAUCCGGGCUUAGGACCGGCAGUGGUGACUCCUGAGCUACUCGAUUCACCCAUUUGUCACCACAGGCGGAGUUGUCACUUGCUGUUGCGUUUAGUAAAUUUCAAUUUCCGACUUAUCAUCGAUGCUUUUCGAAAAAUAAUUUCGUAUGCUUUAAAUGAUGACACACGGGUAAAGAUUCAUGGACUCAACUUUAAUUAAGUUUAAUUUAAAAUUGGUAAUCCUAUUGGUACGGUUUAUACAUUAUGUAACUGAAACUAUGACGUGCCGUGUAUUUUAAUUUGCGUCAUCUUUAUAUUUAGAUUUUAUUCCAAAAAUUGAAUUUGACUGAAUAUUUUUUUGUAGUAUUUCUAUUGUUUUGAAUUUUAUUUUUGAAAAUUGUGCCUUAUAAAAAAUGUAGACACAUUGAGGGAGUUAGCAAUAAGUGAAAAUAAAUGGUGAUAAUAUGUUAUAUAUGAGUAUAUGUUUUGAGGGUGAAUCAAUGAACUGUCAACACUGAUGGAAUCGCCAUGAAGCAAAUUUAAUGGUGCCAGGAUGAGAUAGAAGAUAAUCAGGUAAAGGAGGGAAGAUAAUCGCCAUCUUUCGUACACAGACAAAUUGACAGUGCUAGUCAGGUACGUUGUAGUUGUAGCAAAUUUUACCUGACAAAUUCUCUGUCUCUCUCAUGUCUCUCUAGAACCUCUCUCUUGUAUGUUGGCGCCUAUCUCGCUUCACUGUUGGAAUGGGACGGGGCCAUUCCAUCAGUGUUGACAGUUUCGUUGGGGUGGAUACAUUAGUGUGGUUAAAAUAUAUUGCUAUCAAAGAACUUUUUAAUCAGGUAAAACAUUGGUUGGAACAGUCACCGCCACCAACCCAGGCAUAAAAAUGAUAAACUCAAACUACAUAAAAGCCAUCAUAAAUAAUAGCUUAUUUAGGGUGUCCCAAAAGUAGCGGAACGGUUGAAUAUUUCACGAAAUAAACAUCGUAUCGAAAAACUGAACAAUACGUGUUCAAUAAUUUUCAAAAAUCUAUCGAAUGACAUCAAACACGAUCUCCCACUCCACUCCCUGGAUGUGGGGUGGGGGUAAUUUUAAAAUCUUAAAUGGAAACCCCCGGCUUUUAUUGCAGAUUUGGAUUGCUUACAUAAAAGUAAGCAAUUUUUAUUCAGGAUAUUUUUUUGAGUUGUGGAUAGAUGGCGCCAUAAUCGGAAAAAACGAUUUAUCGUGAUAACAUAGGUAAAUUAUAGAAACGGUCUAAUAUCUUGAGAACUACACUUCGAAAUGAAAAACCAAAAAGCACGUGUUUAAUAUUUUUCAAAACCCUAUCGAACGACACCAAACACGACCUCACCACUCCCCGCCCUGGAGGUGGGGUGAAACUAAUUCUAAAAUCUUAAAUAGAAACCGGCAUUCUUUAUUGCAGUUUUGGAUUCCACAUGAAAGAAUAAGUAACAUUUGUUCGAAACAUUUUUUAGAAUUGUUGAUAGAUGGCGCUAAUAAAUCGUAUUUUUCCGAUUAUAGCGCCAUCUAUUAACAAAUCUAAAAAAUGUUUCGAACAAAUGUUACUUACUUUUUUAUGGGGAAUUCAAAUCUGCAAUAAAUAAUGAGGGUACCUAUUUAAUAUUUUAAAGUUACUCCCCACCCCACCUCCAGGAAAUGGGGUAGCGGGUAGGGGAUCAUGUUUGGUGGUAUUCGAUAGUUUUUUGAAAAAUAUUAAACACGUAUUUUUUGCUUUUUCAUUUCGAAGUGCAUUUCUCGAGAUAUUAGACCAUUUCUAUAAUUUACCAAUGGUAUCACGACAAAUCGUUUUUUCCGAUUAUAGCGCCAUCUGUUCACAAUUCGAAAAAAUAUCUCGAAUAAAAGUUGCUUACUUUUACCUAAGGAAUGCAAAUCUGCAAUAAAAACUGGAAGUUUUCAUUUAAGAUUUUAAAGUUACACCCUACCCCACCUCCAGGGGUGGAGAGGGGGGUUGUGUUCACUGUCAUUCAAUAGAUUUUUGAAAAUCAUUGAAAACGAUCUUUCUGUUUUUCGAUCCGAUGUUUAUUUCGCGACAUAUUCGACCGUUCCACUACUUGUGGGACACUCUGUAUAUGCAUUAAGUUCCUUUAAGAUUUUAAAGUUACACCCCACCCCACCUCCAGGGGGUGGAGAGGGGGGUUGUGUUCACUGUCAUUCAAUAGAUUUUUAUAGAAGAUUUGUAACGUGGAGUGAAGUGGUGGGAUGUCCCAACCGGUGUCGUACCUGCUCCUAUACAAUAUGUCCAAGUAAGUUGAAACCAUAUGGACAAUUUUUUAUUAUUAAUUUUAGGAAAAAAGUUAUUCUUCAUAAAAAGUUCUAAAAGGACAAAAACCCAAAGAAUUAUAGGUCUUCAAAUUAUGUUACUCGUAUACGAGGUUUUUCAAAAAAUAUAAAAUUUGUUCAUGGUUCCAACCUGUUAAGACACAGUGUACAUAAUUUUACACAAUUUCUUGUCACUUGAUUAUAAAUAUGAAACCGAACUACGAAUAAAUGAUAAAACAAAGAGUUCAAUUGUUAGCUUUACAAAUUAUGUGAUAUGUUUAAUGUAAUAAAUUUUCUUUAAAAUUUGUAUUAAAUUUAUGCAUUUAUAUGAGAGAGUUACAAUAGAAAGUAUUUGAAUUCAUUAAAUCAAUCAUUGCAUUCAUUUGAAAUAACGUCAACCGAAAAUCUUUUAAAACGAUAGAAAUUUGAAUUACAGUAAGAUUAAUUAAGAUUUAUUGCAAGAGAACAAAAAGGCACAAAUGCGACGUACAAAAUGUAAUAAGAUUACAAAGAAGACGAGGAUGUAGAUAUCGUCUUGAUAGAUUCAGGGAGAUCCUGAGAUUAUAGGCUAUUGAUUAUGUUCAAAAUAAGAGAGCUAAAAGGAACUACAACGUUAACGGGAUUUUAUUAUCUCAUAUGGUCAAUAGAUCUCUAAAUUUGAAAAAACCGCUGCGUGCUACCAUUUAAAUGGGUGUGUUUUUGAGAAAGGGGUGAAUUAGUCCCUAGGCACAGGAUGAAUUAGUGUGAGUUCUAUGCACUUUUGGUACAAACACGUCUACAGGAAAGUUGUUCCAGGUUAAAUCUACUAUCGGAAUAUCGCAUUUUAAUUUCCAAAAUAUUUUUUGUUUACAAAAAUAUACUCAAAAGAAAAGCAAGAAAAAAACACGAAAGAAAGCAAUUUUGUUUUUUCCCCAAUAACUUUUUUCCACAGAGAUAUAGGUAUAGUAUAGGCAUUGGUUCAGCGAAGAAUAACUUCCGUCCUUUCUCUUUAAAAUGACAUUUGGUAGAAGUCUCUAGGAUUUACAGUUUCCGAAACUGGAUUUUUCAAACUUCGCCGCUCACAGGAUUUUUGGGCCAUUUUCCCCAUUAUUUCGCAAACAUUGUUCUGUAACUUUUUUCUACGCAUUUAUAGGUAUACGCAAUGUUACAUUUAGUAGGAAGAGAAAUCAAUUACCUGUAAAACGGUCUAUUGUAUAAGGUUGUACGACUAUUUUUAAGCAAGUUAUACUUUUUCAAGGAUUUAUCCUUUUAAUGAUUUUUGAUAUUUUUUAUGAUUAUUUUUAAAAUUUUUCAUUAUGCCUUUUUUCUUGUAGGUACAAUUAGAUAUAUACAUUGUGAAAUAAAAAAAGGGUAUUUUCUUUACAAAAUGGCGUAUUGCAAAAAAUUCUUAGACUAUUUUUAAACAAGAUAUCCGUAGGAUAUCCAAGGGUAUCCGUAAUUUGAGAAAAAUUUUGAAUUUUUUUAUUUUUUCCAAUUAGAAGAUAAUAACUGCAUAUUAUAAGAUAAUUUUUGAUUGCAAAUAACUUUUCUUAAUAACACUUUUCGAUAUUGUGAAAUAUAAAGGUACUUUGCUCUUGAGCGAAAUUCAUAUUUUUAACAUAACUCGUAUACUAUUGACAAAAUUUGAUAUCUGAUGAUUGCAUCUUGGGUUUUAGACUAUGCAGAGCAUUUUAUAAGGAAUAAGUUUUUUUAUAAAAUUAAUAAUAAAAAGUUUUCCAUAUGGUUCCAACUUAGUGGGGCCUAUUGCAUGUGUAUAUGUCAUACUUUAAAAAAGCAUAUCUUGUUUACAAAUAUUCCUUAAAUUUUUUGCAAUACACCAUUUUAAAGUAAACAAAAUAUGCUUUAUUUUCUAUUGCACAAUGUAUAUACCUAAAUAUACAAUAAAAAAAGUUAUAAUGAGAAAUUUAAAAAUAAUCGUAAAAUAUAUCAAAAAUCAUUAAAAGUAUAAAACCUUGGAAAACCAUAUCUUGCUUAAAAAUAGUUAUAGAGCAUUCUACGAUAGAAAAUCGCUCUGAGUGGUGAACUUUGAAAAAUCAUAUUUUGAAAACUUUAAAUCAUAGAGACUUUUACCAUACGUCAUUUGAAAGAGAAACGAUGGAAGUUUUUCUGUGAAGCAAUGCCUAUACCUAUCUCCGUGGAAAAAGUUAUGGGGCAAAAAACAAAAUUGCUAUCUUUCGUGUUUUUUUCUUGCUUUGCUUUUGAAUAUAUUUUUGUAAAAAAAAAUAUUUUUGACUUUAAAAUGUGAUACUUUGAUAGUAAAUUUACCCUGGAACAAUUUUUCUGUAGACGUGUUUGCACCAAAAGUGCAUAGAACUCACCCUAAUUCACCCUGUGCCUAGACUAAUUCACCCCUUUCUUAAAAACGCACCCCUUUAAAUGGUAGCACUCCGCGGUUUUUUCAUAUUUAGAGGUCCAUUGACUAUAUGAUACAAUAAAACCCCGUUAACGUUGUAGUUCCUUUCUAAAAUACAUAAUCAAUAGCCUAUUAGCGAAAUUAAGUAGAUUUUAUAGGAAGUGUAGAUAGUCCAGAGAAAUAAGAUUUUCCUCGUGACACAUCCCCCUCCAGACCGAAACCAAAUUUUUUGAAUAGUAUGGACAUCUAUAUUAAUAACCUUUAUGUUUCCUGUAUCCGAUUUUAAUGAUAUACAUAGUUACAAACAAAUGAAGAUCAAAAAACGGUAAAUUUUCGCUUUUUUAAACUAAGACUAUUUGACACUGAUAUAAGGCGUGUGAUAUUAAACAGAUGAGAGAAUCCAAACAGAAGCUGGAGUAAAUCUUCGCAUAAUAGCGGUAUCAAGUGCCUUUGACAUUAAACAUUAACAUUAAAACUAACUUUUAGACUAUUGGUUUCUGAAUGCAUGAAACAAAUAGCAAAUCUCACAUUGUGCAUACUUUAAUUUUUUAUUCUAACUUCCUCAUAUACAGUGAUGAGCGCGCUAAUAACCGGCAAAAUAACGAAAAUGAUGGAAAACAUUAACUUGGGAGAUAGAAAGAGAUGGAACUAGUAGAGGUGGGAAAUUUAGCAAUAAAACCUAUAAAUUUACAUUAAAUUGAUUGUUUCUCACUUUUAGACGUAUCAGAGGAGUAUGUCAACUAAAACUAUCACUGCCACAGUGGUAGUUGCCAAACUAGUCCGAUACGUUUAAAGGUGGGAAACAAUCAAUACAAUGAAAAUUUAUAGGUUUCUAUCGCUAAAUUUCCCACCUUUACUAGUUUCAUCUUUUUUAUCUCACAACUUAAUAUGUUUUCCAUCUUUUGCGUUAUUUUGCCGGUUAUUAGAGCGCUCAUCACUGUAGAGUAUUUUUAAAAAUGUUACAAGAUACAUUUCUGUGAUAUUUUAUACUGAAUAUUAAAUAUAUAUUAGAAAUUUCAA